AAUUGGAUCGAGAUCUGACAUAAUGUACAAUCAUUCAUAUACGUAGAAGAAAAGAAUGUAUUUGGAAAUAGGUGUAUUCUGUUGGAAUAAUUCAGUAUUCUUCCCCUCUCCCCUCAAAGAUAUAAUAUUUGUGUAAUUGUCACAGCAUUAUUAAUUAAUGGAUAAGCGUCUUUUUUACAAGUGAAUGGCUUUUCUUCUUUAAAAUUGAGUUUGUUAGUUGACAGCCAAUGUAGUACGUCAAAUGGGCGUAACAUUUUUUGGCGUUUGCGAAAAUGUUGUGCGUGCUACUAUUUAAACUUGCAUCUUAUUAGCCCGAAGAAUUGGUAUAUUUUGUUUUAAAAUUUCCGUUUUAUGUUCCGUUCUGUCUGAGAAUUUUUUAUUCCAAGAAUGCCUAUGAAUUUCGACCUGCUUUGUCGACUUUGUAUGACUAGAGGAAAACCACUGCUUCCUCUUUUUGAUAAACAUAAGACUUUCCCAUCGAAAAUCAAAACAUUUGCUCCCGAUCUCAAGAUGUUUGUUGGUGACAACCUGCCAACUCAAAUUUGUGUGCUGUGUGCCCAGAAGGUAGAUGCUUUUCAUGACUUCAAGCUCCAGUGUGAAAGAUCAGACGUUACAUUGCGGCAGUAUUUGAAGGAUCAGAAUUCUCCAGCUCAGCCUGUAAAGGAAAGAAAUCCCAACAGAAAGUGUAUUUCUGAGAUACCAGUCAGCAGUAAUGAAGAGGACCAGGGCUUACUGGUGGAGGUGCAAGUUGAAGAACAUUCACUUAUGACAGACAGUAGUGAUGAUGAUCAGAGGUCUCCCAUCAAAAGUUCUGUUACACACUCAUCAAGCACUCAUUGGGCAGUUCAUCAAACAAACACUGAAGUAGCUGUUGAUAGUACAAAAAUUACAGCUUCAAAAGAACCUACUGAUGAGAUUAAGAAGAAAAAAACAUUUGACUGUGAAGAAUGUGGAGUAACCUAUGUUAGAAAGGACAGUUUAGUGUUACAUAUGAGAGUGCAUACAGGCAUGAAGCCAUACCACUGUAGCAAGUGUAGCAAGACGUUUACACAAAACAGUGCUCUUGUGAGACACUCUAGGGUUCAUAUGACAGGAGAAAAACCAUUUACAUGCAGUGUAUGUGGAAAAUAUCUGGGUGAUAAUGCUUCCCUUACAAAACAUAUGAGAAUACAUACUGGUGAGCGGCCUUUCCAGUGCAACUUGUGUGAGAAAUGUUUUGGGAAUUCUAAUUGCCUCAAAAUACAUCUCAGGACUCAUACAGGGGAAAAGCCUUUUCUUUGUACGUUAUGUGGGAAGGCAUUUGGUGGUAACAGUUCCUUCAUGGUGCAUAUGCGAAGUCACGGUGGUGAAAAGCCAUUUCCAUGUAAACUGUGUGGAAAAUCAUUUGUUGAUCAAAGUACUCGUACACGACACAUGAGAAUUCACACUGGAGAGAAACCCUUUCUCUGUACUGUAUGCGGUAAAAGUUUUAGUCAAAACAGUGCUCUUCUGAGUCACAUGAGAAUGCAUACUGGUGAGAAACCAUACCAGUGUACAGUAUGUAAUGCUAGGUUUGCUCAUAAGUGUGGCCUUACGUAUCACAUGAGAAAUCAUAUGGGUGAGAAACCAUUUCAAUGCACUGAAUGUGGCAAGACAUUUCGUGACAGUGGUUCUCUAGUUAUACAUUCUAGAACUCAUAAUGGGGAGCGUCCAUACCAGUGCUCUUCAUGUGACAAGGCCUUCAUUCAAAGGUCUCAUCUUGAAGCGCACAAUCGACAUCACACAGGUGAGAAACCUUUCAGUUGUGCACGCUGUGGUAAGUGCUACUCAUCAAAGCGGAAUGAAGCACAACACAUUUGUGGAGUUGAUCAGGAGAGAGCAAUAGAAAUUGGAAACCAAAAUUAUAACUUGCAGACUUGUUUACAACAGAGUUAACAUAAUUUGAGUGUAUACCACAUGUUUAUU